AUCUGGUAAUAGUUCUACAUCUUCCUCCCUUCCCAUAGCACCUGCUUUGUUAAGCAAGGAUGGGGCGUUCCUCCAAAGACAAGCGUGACAUCUACUACCGCCUGGCCAAAGAAGAAGGGUGGCGAGCACGCAGUGCAUUCAAACUUCUGCAACUGGAUGAGGAGUAUCACCUGUUUCAAGGCGUCUCCCGAGCCGUGGAUCUGUGCGCCGCUCCUGGAAGCUGGAGUCAGGUUUUGAGCCGGAAACUCAAGGGAGAAGGCAUCAAGAACUCGGAGGUCAAAAUAGUAGCAGUCGAUUUGCAGGCCAUGGCCCCUCUGCCAGGGGUCAUCCAGAUCCAAGGCGACAUCACCAAGGUCUCUACAGCUCAGGAGAUCAUCUGCCAUUUCGAAGGGCAGCCUGCUGACCUGGUGGUCUGUGACGGAGCCCCUGACGUGACUGGACUCCAUGACAUAGAUGAGUACAUUCAGGCCCAGCUGCUUCUCGCUGCCUUGAAUAUCACCACCCAUGUGCUAAAGAAAGGAGGCACUUUUGUAGCCAAGAUCUUCCGAGGGAAGGACGUCACCCUCCUCUAUUCCCAGCUGCGCAUUUUCUUCCCCGACGUGACGUGCGCCAAACCCCGAAGCAGCCGCAACUCGAGCAUCGAAGCCUUUGUCGUCUGCCGAAACUAUAGCCCCCCUGAAGGCUAUGUACCGAACAUGUCCAAUCCCCUGCUGGAUCAUUGUUACGAUGUGGAUUUUAACCAGCUGGAGGGCCCCAAUCGAGUCAUCGUCCCCUUCCUGGCUUGUGGGGAUCUGAGCGCUUACGAUUCAGACCGGACGUACCCCCUACAGCUGGAGCCUGGGAAGGAAUACACCUACGUGCCCCCCACUCAACCUCCCAUCUGCCCCCCUUACGAAGAAGCCUGCUUCUUGAAGAAACACAACCUGCUCACCAAGGAGGCGACGCCCCAACCUCAGAAGCCGACUGCCCCCAAUGAGCCUCCGCAGCAGCAAGAGGAGGGGGCUCGUCCCGGCGGGGCAGAGCUCACAGACUCUCUGGAGAAGCUGACCACGUAA